GAAGCUUCCUGCUAAACUUCCUCUAAAACAGUGAGGAUUGAAGUGUGUGUGUACUGUACUGUGUGUUGUCAUCAUUGAUGUCUUUCUGCGACAAAAUGAGGAGAAGAGAAGCAGCCCUUUGCAAGCAACAGUCCACACCUUGCUUUGGAAGAGCAGAGAUGCCACGGCUCUUCCCGAGAAUAUCAAUGAGCGAGGUGGACGAGAAGGUCCGUUUGCUGGCAGAGAAGGUGUACGCCUCGGCCCUGAAGGAGGAGGACACCAAGGAUGCCAUGGCUUUGUUCACUGUGCCGGAGGACUGCCCCAUCGGCCUGCGAGAGGACAGAGAGCGUGCCCUGCAGAAAGAGCUGGCUGAACAGCAGUCCAAGGAGACAGUGAAAAGGAAGAAGAAUUUCAUGAUGAAGCGCUCCCAGUCCCUGUCCCUGCAGAUUCCCACCAGUGACUGGAGCCUAUCGGCUCAUUCGCCCAUGCUCUCCCCGACCACACCUGAGCCAGUCUUUUCAGAGAGCUUCCCAGACUUCCAGAGAGUUACCAUCAGUGGAGACUACUGUGCAGGGAUCACAGUUGAGGAUUACGAACAAGCGGCCAAGAGCCUCCUGAGAGCUCUGUUCAUCAGAGAGAAGUACUCCCGGCUGGCCUACCACCGCUUUCCUAGGACCAUUGCCCGCUUCCUCCGCAACACUGAGGGGGAGAAGUGGCGAGAGGAAGAUGAGGUCCUGCCAGACAUCUGGCCUUUCCCUCAUGAAGGCGAGGACCCAUAUUCCAUGGAAGGACUGCCUGAGAACCUUAACUAUGAGCUGCAAAUGAAGGAUGGUAUCUUUCAUGUUUACGACAAUGCUGAGGCACUGAAACAGCAACAGCCUCACAGACUCCCUUACCCAGACUUUGAGACCUUUGCCAUCGACCUAAGCCAUGUCCUGGCCAUGAUUGCUGAUGGCCCAACGAAGACCUACUGUCAUAGACGCUUAAACUUCUUGGCUUCCAAGUUCUACCUUCAUGAAAUGUUGAAUGAAAUGGCCGAGCUGAAGGAGCUGAAAAGUGUUCCUCACAGAGACUUCUACAAUGUCAGAAAGGUGGACACUCACAUACACGCUGCUGCCUGCAUGAACCAGAAGCACUUGUUGAAGUUCAUCAAGACCACUUACCAGACAGAGAAGGAUCGGGUGGUUCUGGAGAAGGCCGGGCAAAAGAUCACUCUGGAGCAAGUCUUUAACAACCUCCACAUGGACCCCUACGAUCUCACCGUGGACUCGCUGGAUGUGCAUGCUGGGAGACAAACAUUUCAUCGCUUUGACAAGUUCAACUCCAAGUACAACCCCGUAGGAGCCAGUGAACUGCGGGAGAUUUACCUGAAAUCAGACAACUACAUCAGAGGAGAAUACUUUGCACGUCUCGUCAAGGAAGUAGCCAAGGAGCUGGAGGAGAGCAAGUACCAACACGCCGAGCCUCGUUUGUCAAUUUAUGGACGCUCUGCUAGCGAGUGGGAGGGACUCGCCAGCUGGUUCAUCCAGCAUAAAGUCCACUCACCCAACAUGAGAUGGAUGAUCCAAGUCCCUCGAAUCUAUGACAUUUUCAGGUCAAAGAAGCUGAUACCACACUUUGCCAAGAUGCUAGAGCACAUUUUCCUCCCCAUCUUUGAAGCUACAAUCAACCCACAGAAGCACCCAGCAAUUCAUGUUUUUCUAAAAUAUGUGACAGGAUUUGACAGUGUGGAUGAUGAGUCCAAACACAGCGACCACUUAUUCUCUUACAAAAGUCCAAAGCCUGAGUCAUGGACCACAGAUGACAACCCUCCUUAUACCUACUACCUGUUCUACAUGUAUGCCAACAUCAUGGUGCUCAACAACUUGCGCAAGGAGCGUGGACUGAACACCUUCCAGUUCCGUCCCCACUGUGGCGAGGCUGGCUCCAUCACCCACUUGGUCUCUGCCUUCCUAACAGCAGACAACAUCUCCCAUGGCCUCAACCUCAAAAAGAGUCCAGUGUUGCAGUACCUCUACUAUCUGGCCCAGGUCCCCAUCGCCAUGUCGCCACUGAGCAACAACAGCCUGUUCCUGCAGUAUUCCAAAAAUCCACUGAGGGAGUUCCUUCAGAAAGGUCUAUGUGUGUCGCUGUCAACUGACGACCCGAUGCAGUUCCACUACACAAAGGAAGCCUUGAUGGAGGAGUACGCCAUCGCAGCUCAGUUGUGGAAACUGAGCACUUGUGAUUUGUGCGAGAUCGCCAGGAACAGCGUGCUGCAGAGCGGCCUGUCACACCAGCCCUGUCCCACCUCCAGGAGAAGAAACAUUUUCUGGGUUCCAACUACCUGCAGGACGGCCCAGAGGGAAACGACAUACGACGCACAAACGUGGCACAAAUCCGCUUGGCCUACCGCCACGAGACGCUGUGCAACGAGCUCAGUUUUUUAGUGGAUGCCGUUAAAACAGAUGCCACUAGUCCAGCUGAGUGACUGGAAUCAACAACAGGAGGGACCAAAAUGGGUCACGUUGUUUGAUGGUUAUUUUGACAUUUUCUCAUGAAUUUGGGGUGGGUUUCAUAUACUGCAGUGGUUCCCAAAAGUAUGCGUACCCUCAGGGGUACAACAAUUGCCAUAGCAGGUAUGUGAAUAAUAAUAAUAAUAAAGCACUCAAAAUUACGAGUGCGCCCGAACGCUUCACAGGAGACCACAGCAGGAAAGAGACAAAACGGCAAGUUGUUCCUUGUGCUAUGUGCAUCAUACCAACAAAUAAGUAGGUUUGAAUCAUUACUGUGCAUUAAGAGUGUUUCACCUUGAAUAUUUCAUUUAUAUUGGUGCAGUGGAGAUUCGAAAAUGAGGCUUUAUUGACGUUUGUGUGUAUUUCUGUAUUUUAGAGACUAUUAAGAAGGAGGUAGUGGUUUUCCUAAAGUUGGGACACCAUGGAAAGAUUCCAGUCAGAUAAUGGACACUUCAUACUCAACAGGCAGGAUCAAAACCAGCAAACUGUUGUCAGUGAUGCUCAAGCUUUUUCUAAAAUGAGCAUUCAGGUGCAUCACGUAACUCCUCCCACACAAGUUGCAUUCAGGGACACUAGUAAAUCACAGGAAACACACCCACACAUGCACAUGCAGCACAAAGUAGGUGAUAUUUACAAAACCUACCGCUUGUUGCUCAUACAACAAUAAGACAAUGUUACACAAUGUUCUACUUAUAACAGACAUCAUGGUAAACAAACCUUUGGACGCAUUCCGCUUUAUCAUGAUUGUUAAACUUUCCCCUUCAAUUUGGAAUGAUAUUAAUAAGCAGACUUAAACCAUAGCCAUCCUGAGUGGACAGAAAAGUGAAGUUUAAAACAUGUCCAUUCAAGUCAUAUUCAUUCAAAGGGAAGUAUGCCAACAUCAGAGUGGAAUAAAAGAUACAGGUGUGUAAAAAAAAUGAAAUAUCAUGAAAAAUGUAUAUAUUUUUUGUCACUCCUCUCAUAAUGUGAAACAUUUCAAAAAUGUAUUUCUUGAGAUUUUGAUGAUUGUGUCUUAUAAAUAAUGAAAACCCAAAAUGCAAUGUCUGACAAAAUUAGAAUAUUGUGAAAAACCUACCGGUAAAUUGUGGAAAGUCAUGCUGUCACACCCUAAUCGACUGAUUAAUUCAAUACACCUGCAAAGGUAUCCUGGGCCUUUAAAUGGCCUCUCAGUCUGGGUCACAUGGCUAUACAAUAAUGGGGAAGACUGCUGACUUGACUUAAUAAUAAUAAUAAAUUUUAUUUAUAUUGCACUUUACAUUACAGAAAUCUCAAAGUGCUACAAAGAAAGCAUAAAACCUACAGUGAAGCGAUAAAACAACACAACAAAAGGUAUAUAUAUAUUCAUAAAAAAAGGCUAAGAAAAGGCCUUUCGUCUGGACUUGUCCAGAAGACGAUCAUUGACAGCCUCCACAAGGGAUGAAAGCCACAAAAGGUCAUUGCUAAAGAAGCUGGUUGUUCAGAGUGUUGUAUCCAAGCAUAUUAAUGGAAAGUUGAGGAAGGAAUAAGGACAGUAGGACAAGGUGCACCAGAAAAGGGAUGACCGCAGCCUUCAGAGGAUUGUCAACCAAUAUCCAUUCAUGAUUUUGGGGAAACUAGGAGUCGACUGAAGCUGGACUCAAGAGCUACUACGUAGAGACGAAUCACCCAGAGACAAUGUCAGAAACGUCUUACCUGGGCUAAGGAGAAAAGGUCCCAGAAUCUGGAGGAAGGAUGAAAGGCACAGGAUCCAUGUUGCUUGAAGUCCAGUGUGAACUUUCCCCAGUCAGUGAUGAUUUAGGAAGCCAUGUCAUCUGCUGGUGUUGCACAAAAGAGUGUUUAAAAUCAACAAUACCGACAAAAAGGUGAGAUAAUUUACUCACCUAUGACACAGUUCACUACCCUACUCCAUGUGUGUGUGAAGUUACUUUGGUGGGUUGUCAUUUUUACAAGUUGAUAGAACAGUUGACGUUGACGUCCAUGGCUAUUAGGGAUAUUUAUUAAUGCAGAAUUAGAAAUAAUGGUUAUUUUAUUUAAGAGUAGAUACUCAAAGAAGGAAGUGAUGGAUUUUAUUUGAUACAUUGUGCAUUUUAUAAAAAUGACUGAAGCAAACACAAUUGUAUUAUAUUAAAAACACUGCCUCAAAGUCUUUAGGUGCAAAGAAAGGGUCUUUAUUGGUGAAAAUAAAGAGAUAAUUAUGUCAUCACACAUUAAAAGCAAAUUAGGAUUAAUGUGAAUGUACAGUACAGUAUCAGGCAAAUGCUGCCACCCGAUGGUUGAAACGGUGUGUUAUACUUGCCUGCAGGCAGUAUUAAAGUGGACCUAUUAUGCUCAUUUUUCAAUCCUUUGUAUUGAGUUGUGGUCUCCUAUAGAGCAGCUACACACAAUUCCACCCACGACCCGCCUCCGGGCAUGCCCACUCUGCUGUGAUUGGUUGCACGCCCAAAGUGCUUCCUAAAUAUGAAACAAAUAAGGAAUUCCACCCCUCUGUGACAUCACGAAGAGGGCAGUUUUACCACGCCUUUUGAGCGUUUUGAGCCACCCCAAACUUCUUUCAGGGCUCACAAAUGCGUAAACCUCAUUAUCUGAAACUUUGGCAUACAUUCUAACUACAUUUAUUAAAAAAAGCAAAUAGCAUAAUAGGUCCCCUUUAAAAGCUACAUCUGUAGUGAAAAGGGAAUAAUUAAUUUGUUAA